AUGUUUAGUCAAUCAAAGGAUGAUAAUACUCAGAAUAAUUCCAAUCAUGGUGUCCCGACAAAAGGGAUUUUAAAACAAUCCUCCAGUCAAAUAACGGAUCCUUUUUCUUCUUUUACAAUACCCAGUAGCCAGAUCAACUUCCCAAGCCAAAUAAUGAGCCGAACAGAGAUUUUGGAUAAAAAUAAUACUACUUCCAGGAUAAAUACAAGAGAUUUACAAAGUAAAGCUAAUAGGAGAGUCUCUUUCGCUCCAGAUGUUACUUUACAUAGUUUUGAUUUUGUAGCGGGUUCCACUAAAGCCCCGCCAAGUGGUAAGACAGAGGAAGCUGGCACUAUCAACGUCAGUUCUGCGGAUAAUUUCACCACCAUCAAUACUAUUGAAAAUGAUGAAGGGUCGGAUAUGGAACUCACACAGCCAAUACCUAAGGAUUUGUUGUACACAAAAGAACAGAGAGCUGAAGUUGAUGAAAAUUCAGAAUCAAAGGAUAGGAAUGGCGGAACUACCAGGACCGUAAGUUCUCAAAAUGUAGGGGAUCAAACGAUGGAUUUUACUAUGAUGAAUGAGCGUUUGUCGCCUAUUUUACCGUUCAAUGAUCCUGAAAGAUCAGAUACUGAUAAAAGUAGCAGGGGCGUGCACCAACAGUCAGAGGUCACUAAUCAAAAAGCAGAGGAUGAAGAAUUUGAGAAAAAAACCUAUGCGGUAGUUAUACAAGAGGAACCUAUGGAGUUUACACAGCUUAAUAUACAUGAGUCAUCUGUACAAGAUCGGCUUGUAUCGACCUUGGAUCAAGAUUCUGAUUUACAUAAUGAUGAGGAGGCUAUGGAGCUUACUCAAGUGCAGCCCAACCAGCAGUUGAAGUUUUCUGAUGAGGAUGGAACAGGCACGCAAAUGGAGUUAACAACAGUAUUCAAUAAUACAAAAUAUGUACCCACCAUCACACAGAGGGCUAAAAAUACUGGGGUAUUAAUCGCUAGCGAAAACAAAUAUUCUAAAAUCAAUCAAAAGGAAGCUACAUUUAUACAAGCAUUACCAGAACACAAUACUACAUACGUCCAAAGCGGCAGUAAGAAGCGUCGGUUAAACGACGAUGUUACUGAUUCGGCGAUUGAUUUCACAUUAAAUAUAGAUGAAGAAAUGGAACUAACAGGUAUGGAAAAAAUGUCUCCAGUUAAGCUUAAUAAGUACAAUGGUACCACAACUGAGCGUUUGAGAACUGAAGAAUCGCUAAGUCAAGAAUCACAACCCGUUGAAACCAUAAUUACCACUGAGAAGUACUCUCUAAGACAAUUCAUAGACGAAAUUGGUGCAGAAUAUAAUCCAGAUACGAAUACAUCAAAUGCAUUGCCCAGUUAUAUUGAGUUGUCUGGGCUAGAACCAUCUGAAACAGAUUUCUUUCAUACUGGAAAGUUAGUCUUAGCUCUAUACGAUGAAAUUCCAGUACUUCAAAUGAACUCUUUCAUUAGUAAGGAGUUGUUUCGAAUGAAUGAGCAGUCAAAACAGUAUUUAGAAGAUUUUGAAAAGCAACUGAGCUCUUCUAAUUCUCAACCUUUUCUGCUAAAAAAAUAUUUCACAUCAGCAGGAGACGAUAAAAAAAGUCUGAUACAACAACUUCAAGUAAUAAUGCUCUUCUCUAAAUUGAAAGCUAAAAAAUUAUGGUUUAAUUGGCAAUUAUCGCAGCUUUCGAACUUAAAAAAUGUUCUUGAAGAAAAUCUUACCCUUUUAAUCACAGAUUAUAAGAAAGUGCAAGAUUUAUGUGAGGUAGCACUGAAGAUUAGGAUAAGAACAGAGAAUAUUCGAGACUUGGUUCAAAAAGAGAUAACUCUUUUAAAAGAAUCUCCAGAUAGUUCAAAUAUUCAAGAAUUAUCAUUGGAGAACAAAAUCCAACUACAGCGCUUCAAAAUUGAAUUGAAAAAACACCAACUAACUGCUGCAAAUUUGCCGGAACUACUCAAACAAAAGAGCACAUUGAACAAUCAAAUACAGCAAAUCUCAAAGGAUAUCAAGAAGGUCCUAAUUAAUCAACAGCUGAUAAAGCAGGAAGGAAAUGUUUCUAUUGCUGAGGGAUCAAAAAUUGGUGUAUUAACUUCGGAAAUGGAUCUACUACAAAAUCUUCUCGGAAUUGAAACCCUUAAAUUUGAGAAGUCCUUGAUGACAGUAAGAUUCUCGCACUUUCGUGACGUAGAGAUUGUAAUAAACUUAGAAAAGAGCAAAGAAACAUGUUUCACUGUUGUAGGGCGUAUGGAAGAGGCUAGAUUUUUUGAUCAUAUAAUAAAACGCUUAAUAGCGGAAACAGAUGCGGACUUUGGUAUAGGAUAUGUAUUCCAAAUCCUUUUAAAUGUCAGAAAACUUGUUCCACUGGUUAAGCAAUUGAAAUUAGUUGGUAGAUUAUAUCCUGUUACCAUGUUGACUGAGGGUAAACAUACGAUAAUAGAAAUUGAAGAUUACAACUUUGAGACAAAUACAAUUGUGCUUUACAGAAUUACGUUUGAAAAUUUCAAAAAAAUCGUAAAUUCUUCUGACACUAAAGUUGAUGUGUUGGCCAAGGUUAUACAAGGAAAAGAGACUACUGUAGACGAACUUUAUUCACGAAUGGCUGUGAAAAAUCGAAAUGUAUUACCUUGGUUUAAUGAACUCCGCCUUACUAUUCGCAUGAUAUGA